AUGACCAUCAUCAAGUCUAUGACCGCCCUCUCCUUCAACGCCUCUGCUAUUAGCAAUGGUUCAGUGUCCAGUGGAAGCAUGAAUGCCUUUGGCCAAUCAUCCAACAGCACAUCGGGUGUUGUUGCCCAGAUUGGUAAGAACCUUCAGCCAGCCAUCGAUGGUAUUUUUGCCUCUGCCAAUGCCACCCUUGCCACCGUCAUCACCACCGUUGAUGGUCUGGUCUCCUCGACAAUUGGCCUCUAA